AGAUGGCAACUAGUAUAGAAUCAACACAACCGAUCUGCGGAUGCAAAGGAGUUAGAUUUUGCGCUCUUUGUGAGACGUCGGAAAGAGUCCAGAAGCUAAGACUUGAAGAAGACAAAUAUGCAAACUAUGAAAUUUUUGUUUUCGACCAUAUAACGAGUAGAGGAUUUCGAUCUCCGCAUUUGACAUCUACCUCAUCUGUAGAAGAAAUAAUAGAUGCAACGGAGUCGUGCAGUACGUCGUCCAGCACGAAAGAUGCUAUCAACAUUGAAGGUCUCUACGUUGUAUACGAUUUUCUGUCUGAAUCAGAAGAGAGGGAGAUUAUGGAAAUGAUUGAUGGAGUCGAAUGGAUGCUUUCGCAGUCUGGUAGACGAAAACAGGAUUAUGGUCCUAAGGUCAACUUCAAACACAAAAAAGUGAAGACGGACACGUUUGUAGGUAUGCCUGAAUACGCUGACAUGCUUCUCGAGAAGAUGCGGAACGUCUCUGAAGAGAAGCUAGGAAACUAUACACCGUUCGAAAUGUGCAACUUGGAGUACGACGAGACUAAGAAGAGUGCUAUCGAAAUGCACCAUGAUGACAUGUGGAUCUGGGGAAACCGUCUUAUCAGCAUCAACCUUUUGAGUGGUACGGUUAUGACUCUUGCGAACGAGGAAAGACAGCAGCUCUGCUAUGCAUGGUUCCCACAAAGAAGCUUAUUGUGUAUGGCUGAUGACGCGAGGUACGAAUGGAAACACGCUGUGCUGUCCCAUCACAUACGUGGGCGUAGAAUUGCCCUCACAAUGCGGGAACCAUCCAAAGAAUUUCAAGAAGGAGGUCAGCUCUAUGAGAAGUAUGGGAAGCGUCUGAUUGAGCUGAGCAAUGUGCGAGUCCCGUUGAGGAAAUUUCAGUGAGCAAUUGUUACUAGAAGUUUGCCCCUCAUCAUUGCUAGUUUUCUCGGUGUUGAUUAGCGCUAGCGUUCAUGAAUAGAUUAGCUUUCCAUUUUGUUUGAGUGUUUUAUAUACGUUUUUUUUUUCACUGCCUAUCUGUUUAUCUUGUUAGUCUUGCGGCCAAACUCUCUAUAAUUACACGUUGUGUACGUACGUGGAGGUGAUGCGCAUUGUCGGAAUCGGGGCCGGCUUGAAUUUUUCCUCUUUCCCUGGUUAGAGUCGAGGCUGACAGCGUGUCCAUGAC